AUGGAGAUUGCACUUACAUCCCUUGGUUACGCUAUCGGAGAAGCCAGAUUCAAGCAUCUGGACACCGUCACUCUGUGCAACACUCGCCUGACAGAUCUAACAGCUCUAUCUUCUUUGGCGAUGGGCGCGCACCCAGGUUCUGCGAGACCACAGUCUAACAUCCGUGCACUGAACAUCACCAUUUACUCUGGAUACAACUCAUCAGUGGAGAACGACCAGAUAAAACUACUGCGCAAAUACGUCUGUAGCCACAAAGGACUGCAUCGAUUCUCUUUCCGCUGGAUCGGGACCAGAGGACCUUCGCCACUGCCCGAGCUAGCGAUCGAACAGCAAAACACUCAUCCCGCGUUCAGAAGAACAACAAUUGCAUCGUCCGCGCCGUUAUUUCCACAGCUCGAGCACCUGACACUGAACAACGUAACCAUAUCAGCUCCUCAAAUCAAGCGCUUGAUGGAGACCCACAAAACUACACUCACAGAAGUCGACCUUCAAAACGUCAUUAUAAGAGACGGAACCUGGCAUGAUGCUUUGAGCACUAUCAAAGGCCUAGAAGUCAAGACAAAGACACCUUCAAUUACAGAAGAAGGCGAUGUGCCAAUCAUGCUCGCACCCAGCAUCUGCGAACCUUCAACCCAACCAAAAACCNCAAAACCAGCACGUAGAGGUCAAACCAGCGAAGCCACCGAUCGAGCAAGAAAAAUGUUGCUUGCCGAUGAGAUACGACAGGCUGAGUCGUCUGGCUAUCAGUCCGGAAAAGUCAGCGGCAGAGAUCAGAAGAGGAAGAAGGCGAAAGAGGUGACGACGUCGCCGGUGCAGCACUUGAAGAGGAAGUGUGGUGAUUUGUUUGGGUGGAGGAUGAAGAAUGGGCCUACGCUGGUCGUUGGCUGA